CAUCAUCAAGGAUAAGUAAGUAGCUAGAGAAAUGUCACGGAGACGAGUUUGUGAGACGCAGUAUAAGCUUUCCGUCCCGCAAGAACGAUUCUGGGACCGUUUUGUCCGCAAUUGGACUGUCAUUUGUAAUAAAAAACUUAAAGACCUUCACCCAUCUGCUCACUCGACUCAUACGGAAAUUGAGUCAUUGGAUCACCAGAUGAAAACCAUGAAGCAACGGUUCGUCAAACCUAAAUACGUUGGAGGCUAUAAGUAUAUUGCAGCAACUACAAAAGUUAUUGACAGCGAGCCUAGUGGCUUGAAUUGCCUCAUAGUCGUCACUGCGGAGUACGAAAAGAGUGGCCUUGAGCUCAGAGACCUUGAAGAAGUCAGACUCCUUGCACAUUAUAUUAAUGUAGUAGCUUAUCAUUGCCGUGUUGGUGAUGCUCGCGAUUAUCCCAAGCCAGUGCGUCUUAAUAAUGGCACCGGCCCGUCAAAUCAAUCCAUGCCAUAAUCGAAGGAGGGUUCAUCUAUUUUAUACCUAGAGUUUAUAUAAGAUGAAAUAAAUAAAUUGAACCCGCCCCCAAUAUAUAUAUAUAUGUGUGUGAGUAUGAUACGAUUCUUCAUAAGGAAGUAAGUGAAGAAGAGGAUGACGUGGAUAGUGAUAAAGACUCUGAUUGUGGAGGAGGCUUGGCCGUUACGGUAUCAGCUUAAAAGAGCUGUGAAGCUCUUCUUCCUCAUUAUGUUGAAUCUGGGUUGUUAAGCUUCAAGAGAUGUUCUUGAGCUCCUGAGUGAUGUGCUCAGGUUUCGAUCUAUGUUGAUCUAGCUUCUCGGAUUAAACAAUCAAACACUUCUAUUUCUCUUUCUGAUUCUCGAUUACAAUCUCUGUAACUCUUGGAUCUAUUUCUAAUUGAAUACCGUAUUGCUUUA